GAACAUGGUUCCGGAGGCCGCCAGGAUGACGCGCCAGAAGGCGCCGGCCGGGGGCUCGGAGCGGCCCUGAGGAGCCGCCGGGCACGGCGGUGAGCGGCCCGAUGGCCGGAGCGGGGCUGCUGCCCUCCCUGCCCACGCUGACUGUGCUCGUUCCCCUCCUGUCCCUGGCAGGCCUGUUCUACUCGGCCAGCGUCGACGAGAACUUCCCCCAGGGCUGCACCAGCACGACCAGCCUGUGUUUUUACAGCCUGCUCCUUCCUGUUACAGUGCCAGUUUAUGUGUUCUUUCACCUGUGGACCUGGAUGGGGAUUAAGCUUUUUAGGCACAACUAGUGUGAUGCCUUUGCUAACCCCUGGGCUUCUCUAAAUCAACAUAAUUUGUUUAAUCUCAUUAACAUCUCAAGUAUUGCAGUUCAUUUCAGAGAGUUUCCUUCUGGCACUUGACUGGCAUCAAUUUCCUGGUAGGAUCUGGAACUGUAUGAAGCAGCAACCCAUUGUUAACUACUGCUAAUUCAGAUGAUGAGUAGGAGUAAUAAGAAGCACUAAUUCCCUCUGUUUUAUCCCUUCAAGAGUGCUGUGCAUUUGUAGUGGCACUAGUUAAAACUUUAGUUUUCAUGAAGACUGAAUAAACAAAAUUAAAACUAUAA